UAUUGAAGACAGUUUAGUCAAAACUGUUUCAAACUGUGGACGUGCUUUCUAUAACAGUGCUGCCGUUACAGUUUGGUGUAAUUAGUGUAAAAUAAUGGCGUUCAAGAUGGGUCAAGUGACUGUUAUUAUGGCGUUUAUGGUAACAAUAGCCCGAGCGAUAGACGUAAACGUCACGGGCGAAUGGGAGCCCGAGCGAGGAUGGGAGGUGGCUUGCAGUUGGCAGACCCUGCCGAAUGACACGCUGCAGUCUGUGAGGCUCUACUUCAAUGAUCAACAGUUCAUGGUCUAUAGACCUGAGUUACACGGUCGACGUGUCUACGACGUUUUACGCGGUACCGACAAGGUGAUGACAGUUAACUGCACCGCCUUAACCUACAGAGCUCAGGAAGGUCAAUGCCUUCUAUUAUUGGAGCCCAUCCAACCCCCUGACGGCAACUAUAACUACUCCUGCGAGGUUUCCGGCGAGAGACCCUGGUUUAGGAUCGCGAAAAAGGACUAUGUGAUACGUGCAUUCGUUCCACCAUCAGAUGCGACCCUAACAAGCAAACAGCAGGACGACUCAUCCUUGAACCGAGUGGUUAUGAACUGUUCCUCCGCUGGUCUGCCGGCGCCAACCCUAUCGUGGACAGUCGGUGAUGAUAAGGUCCAAGCGGACUUCUCUGGUCGUUCAUGGAGUCAGACAUCAAAACUAUGGCACGUUUGGUCCUAUCUCUCGUACACAAGAAACGAUGAUUCCCAAGUACUGUGCAGUCCUGAAGUCACUUCAGACGAUGAGAUUGUUAGAGGGAAAGCAGCGGAGUACAAUUCUGCGAAUAAUUUGAGCUUGAUCGGUGCAGCAGAGUUAACCGCAAUUGUUUUAACUCUAAAUAACGUUUAGUAGCUGAUGGGUGAUCCACAGCGAGACGGACAUUACAAAUGGACAUAUACUUAAAUGAAACGAAGACUUGAUAGUGUAUCGUUUUCUUUUAUUUCAGUAGAGUAUCGUUGUUGACUUAUAACAUUUAUCAAGAUGCGCGUUUUACUGGAACGAAUAUCUAACCUAAUAUAUCUUAAUGAAAAUUUAUAAUUAUGUAUUCGUUUAAGUUUUACUUAUAUUUUGCGAUCUCGAAAUGCGAUCCAUGGCCCAAAAAGGAAAGGAUUUGUUCAUGAAUUUAAAAGAAUAUGUGUGUAUUUUUAAUAGUUCUUUUAGAUGUUUGACAUUGCAAAGCAAUGAUACCUACAAGUUAAAAUCACAAAAUGAAACAUUUUUAUUAGCUACAAAAUUAAUACUGAAAGUAUUCGACAUAUUUUAAAACGCGAACGAGACUUUAAGUUGUACCUAUGUUUUAAGUAUUAAAUACAACGUCAUUUUAGCGCACUAUAGGAUCACGUACUAUGACGUCACAAAAACCAAGACACUUUAUUGGUUGCGUAUUGCUAGUACGGUUACGUCACUUUUAGAACCGACCAAUAGCGAACGUUUCAUUAUAUUUAAUUUGCCAGGCAAUUUAUACAACGUUUUAUUAACUAACAGAGAUUAGACAGUCGUUCCAGUAUAACACUUUUAAACAUUACAACAAUAAAAAAGGAUUUGGUUACAACCCACACAUACUUAUAAAAAGUAACAAAGACAGAAAGAGAGAAAACCACACUUGUAUAACGUAACACAUUUUGUGAAAACAGUAACAUAGAAAUAUGAGACAUUUUUUAUAAUUUUGUUUAUUAUUUAUAGCAUGAUUACGUCACAACUUUAAAUUGCUUAGAUCGAAAAAACAUAACAUCAGUUUUGAGAUUUGGUAAGUAUAUUUUACGUCACAUACCUACGCGAAAGUUAGUUACACUUGGCUCUGUCGCAGCUUUAAACUCGGGUCAAGUCGGAACUAUUGAAAGGUAUAUUCCAAAAAGUACAAACUAGACUUUUAGAUUGCUUCAAAUUACCAAGUUUUUUUUAAUGCCCAACGACAGAGAAUACCGCUAGUUUCGAGUUAUUCGAGUAUUUUGGGAAUUCCGUGUAUUUAGAUUUAGUGGUAAGACAAACACACUUCUUUUUGGAAACUCGAUUAACCGGACUUAUAAGAUUUCGUGAAUUGAUUGGAUUAUAAAAUGCUGUAUUUAGGAUCCUUCAUGAAGAUUUAAUAUUCCAUAUAAGUUAUUUGUUUCUCUAAGCUUAAAAUUAGGGUAACUUCUGUCAAGAAAUAAUCUUGCUUUUGAAUAAUUAUGAAAUAAUUGGAUGUAUAUUGAUUUUUAAUAAUACUAUAUAAUGUCUGCGUUACUAAAACAAUAAAAAAAAAAAUUACGUUACUAAGUAGGUAUAUUGUUACAUUUCAGUUAUUUCACUCUUUUGAUUCGGUCUAGUAAAAUUGAGAUUAUAUUUAAUUAAAGUUCAAAUAAUCGAGUCUACAUUUGUAACUGUAAUGUAAAUGAGUAAGUAUGUGUUAUGUAAGGUGAACAUAAUACCCAUUACAAAUCUGUAAAUUAAAUUUAUCCUUUUACUACUGUCAUGAAUGAAUGAUUCCAUAAUCAGAAUUAUACAAAUUAAAUUACAUAUAUAAUAAAUAAAAGUUACUUUAUCAUAGUUAUGUGUACAGUAGGUAUAUUAUAUAGUAUUUGGCAUUCGGAUAAGAUUUACAAUUUUACAUCACUAUAGAUUACAUUUUCAAGUUUGAUCGGGUAACAUAUUAAAAUCCAUUUUAUUUAGUAACUAGAAAUCUUAAUAUAUUGUAAAUAUAUACUAUAAUAAUUAUGAAUUAUCUGUAAUAGAACCGUUGAUAGACAUAAGGUGAAAACACAAAACUUCGUUGCGAAACGAUGCGAAUUGACAACGCAUUAAACUACGAAGCGAUAGAUUCGCAUAUUUUGACGGCCUCUGUGGUGCAGUGGUUCUGGAUUCGAUCCGCGGCUGGGCCGAUUGUAGUUUUCUUAAUUGGUCCAGGUCUGACUGUUGGGAGGCUUCUGCCGUAGUAGUACGUAGUACUACCCUACCGGCAAAGACGUACCGCCAAGCGAUUUAGCGAUAUUACUUACCAUCAGUUGAGAUUGUAGUCAAGGGCUAACUUUUAAAGAAUAAAAAAAAACAUAGAAGACGUAAAAAUAUGCGUCUUGCUCGCAAGCUAUCCGAAAAAGGAGACAGCGAAUAUUUUUUUUUUAUAUUCUAUUCCUAUUUUUUAUUUCACAUAGAAUCAUCGAUCUCCUAUUAAAAAGUAGAUGCACAAUCAGCGACCAAAAAACGUCCCCACUCAAUGAGUGCCAAGCACAACUUUUUGGCACUCAAUUCAAAUAGUCGCAUUCGCAAAUUCACCUUAUACUCAAUCCCUAAGGUUUAAUUUGCUCUGAAUUUGGGAUUUUAUUGAAUACUAGCGGAUGCCCGCGACUUCGUCCGCGUGAAACUCGACGUAAACUUUCAACUACCCCUACCCUACCCCUACCCUACCCCUACCCUACCCCUACCCUACCACUACCCUACCCCUACCCCUACCCCAUUUUCUAAUUAUUAUUAAUAUGAACUUUAUACAAUAACAAUAAAGCUCAAAUUGACUACGUUUUAGUUACAAAUCAUUUGUAUGGGAAAAAGAAAAGGGCUAUUUUUAGGGUUUUUCCAGCAAUAAUUCUAAUUUUUCUCGCCGUAAAAACCAUCCUUGAACUUUAACGAACAUUUUAAAAAAUUGGUCCAGGCGUUGUUGAGUUAUGCGCUUACCAACACAUUUUGCGAUUCAUUUUUAUAUUAUAGAUUGGCCUUCAGGAAUAAUUUUAUUUACCAAUAAUUCUAAAAAUGCUAAAGCAAAAUUAGCUAGUUUUUAAGUGACGCUUUCAACAUGAUUGUGCGUCUAUUUAUUAUAAGAGGUCAAUGUCUGUUACACAUUAAAUAUAUAUCACAAUAGAUCAUAUAGAUCGCAAGUUUUUGCGAAGAAUCGCACGAUUCGCAGAUUACUACGAUACACUAAAGUUUUGUGUUUUGACCCUUACAUUAGCGUGCGCACAAUUUAGGAUCAAAAUGUAAAGAAAAAAAAUAUCUGUACAGAUUUUAAUAAUAUUUUAACAUUAUAUUUUUUAAACAUGGACGUAAUUCGACGCAAUUGAUUUGAAAUAACUUUUUAAAUUUAAAAUAAGUGUAAAUACAAUUUUAUUUUUAAUUAAAUAUAAUAACUAUGGUGCUAAUCCUUAACUAAGCUGACAGUCACAAAAGUAAUGCAAUCUCUUUUCUUCAUUAUACUAUUGAUAAGGAUAGCAAUACUUCGGGUGCUGUAAAUUUAGUUCAGGAUUUGUGUACAAUUUUCAUACGAUUUAGCACCGUUUUAUAUAUACAGUAAGAAUGAAAUUGGAAUGACUAGGUCAUUGAGAUAGAAGCUCAAUAUAUUUGGUUUAUAACUUCGAAGAUAUAUUUAGCUAGGGUUUACAUUAACAACUACUUUUUGAUAAUCCAUUAUUUCGGCGAUCAUAUUCAAAGUACCAUUCGCAAAGUAUUUUCAAUGCAUACGUUCAAUAUUUUUUCAAAACAUUUACUUAGAAUCGAUCGCUGAAAUAUGGGAAGGUUAAAGCUCGUGUCACAUAAAAAGUACACUGUUAAAAUCGCUCAGUCAAAUAUUUAUCACGAGUACAUUUAUUACAUUAUAUUAAAAUAACUAGCUUACAGUACUCUACCUAAAAAAACAGUUAAAUGUUAGUUAAACUUAAGUGUGAUUUGAAAUCAAGAUUUUAAUUAAUUUUGGUAAAUAAGCAACGCUCAGUCAUUAUAACAGACUUUACUUAUUAAAAGUAAGUAUUUUUGAUUGAGAAUUAGCCAACCAUGGUAGCUGGUCGGUUUUCGGAGAUAAAAUUUCCAGAUCCUAUAAUCAUCAAGAUUAAUUUGACUGGUUCAUAGACUACGUAUGAACGGGUCAUAUGUAUCUAUUAUACUAGCGGAUGCUCGCGACUUCGUCCGCCCUUAGAUCUCCUUAAUCCGCCCCUAUCGCAAAAUCCGUUAUUAGCGGAUACCUACUAACUAUAGACUACUUCCCUACCAUUUCAUCUUUUUACGUCAAGCGGUUUCCGAGAUUUCGUAUUAUUUAUGCAUAAUUACACGUUACUGGGUAUUGUAUUACAUCAAUUAGGCCUAUAAGAUACCCAGUAAUAAAACAUACACAAAACAUAUGUGUAAAGUGCUCAGCGUACUUAUUAUGUGACACCAGUUAUAUAAUAUUAUAAGAUUUCGUAAUUAUUACCAUUUCUCUUACAAUUAUAAGAUAUUAGUUAAGUUAUAUAUAUGUACAACGUUUGAUUCAGUUAAAAUGUGAAUCAAAUUUGUGCGUUUUAGAAUAUUUUACUUGUAGAGCAAUAUUCCACCAAAGACAUGUUCUAAAUUACAACUAGUUUUGAAUUUUCAAAUGUUUAUAAAACGUUCACACAUUAUUAUUAUUUUAUUAUGACUUCGAGUUAGAAAAUAUUAAUUAAAACGCAUUGGUGAU